AUGGACCAGAUGAGUGCAGAAGAAUCCCUGAGGUCCACGGCGGAGCAGGAGAAGAAGUGUUCGCUGGAGAAUGAAGAAUGCGGUGCUUCAGAAUUGGUCAAGAGAGAACUGGAGGAGAAGAACAAGUGGAAUGAGAUUAAGCUCAAUUUGGACCUGUUCAAGAGAUCUCCUCACCUCUUGUCGCAGACACCGCUGCACGCGUCCACAGCUACACACCCACAGCCCCUUCGCCGUGUCAGCGCCCCUCCAGGGAAAUCAGGCGUCUGGAGACAGGAUGUCUUUGGUGCUUACCUUCAGCGGCUGUCAGAGAGCGUGAGUGAGCGCGGCCUGUGCUCCGGAGCAGAGGGGGAAGGCUGCUUUGUGCCCUAA